ACCCUGAUGAGACGCCGAAUGAUGCGGUGUCUCAUUUGGGUCUACGCUGUUUGCCAAGGCCUUUUUUCUAGACGCUAGGCAUAAAUGGGUGAAACAAUUGCAUUACUGUCGGCAAUAGGAAAGGUGUAAUUCUUGCGACGAAAGAUAUAAAAAAAAGAUAACACAUAAUAACACGCAUGAUUGAUAAUAGCUCGCUACGGUUAUAAAAAAGCGACUGGUAUAUUGUGUACAGCUAACAGCAGUGUGUGCUUAAAGUUAAGUGAGGAUAGUCGAUACAAGUGUAAUAUUUCCUUUGGGCAUGGGAGUUGUUAAAACGGAUAUGGCGUUUCUAAGUGUUGAGGCAUUUAACCAGCAUGUGAACAGGUCACGAGACCCGAGUCCCCAUCGCUCCCCGAGCCCCAUGCGACAGGCGAAACCGGACAAAAUGGACGACGAAUAUGACAUCAAGCAACCCAUAAAUAAUAUUGGUUGCCAGGAGCUACUGAGUUUUGCCGAAAAAUGUACCCACGUUGGAUUUUUAAGAAAACGUCGAAAUAUAAAAUUAUUUGCGUGGCCACAGGCGUACGUUGUUAUUCAUGACGGAUGCAUAUAUUACUUCAAAGACGAGAAAGCGAAGAAACCGGCAGGAAAGUUUUCUCUCUACGGAUACAACAGCGUGAUUCGAGCGUCCGAGAUUUUGACCCGGGAUGCGCCAUGGGCAUUCAAGAUCGUGCAUUCGCACGCGGAGUUCAAGACCUACUUCUUCGCAGCGGCCUCCGAGCAGGAAAUGAAGGCAUGGAUGGUCUCCAUCAAGCGGGAGAUGCAGCUCGCCAACGGACAGAGUGCCACCUAUGGGAAGAACCUUCAGCCGGUUGCUAAGUUAGAGCGCGACGAGACUCUGGACGACCCGGGUUUCUACCAGCACAUUGAAAUGAACAUCUACGCAGACUCCACCAAUUUCGUGCCCGCCGAGGACUACCAGAAGAAGUGCAGCAUUAAGAAGGCCAAUGAAGAUUCGGACGACGAGGAGCUGGUGAUGCCCGACCCUUCCAUGUACACCGAUCGACCUCCCGUGGCCCUCCCCAGCCACGACCCAUUCGUCACCCUUCCCACUCCUAAAAGAAUCGACGACGGCCCACCACCACUUCCCCCUGGGCCCCCGCCUCCAAAACCAAACCGGGCGGUUGAGCCCCCGGUUUUAGAGCAUGCUCCUAGGGCGCCGACCCGCAAACCUCCGAAAUUACCCGAUUUGCAGAAUGCAGUCACGCAGCAACUGACCAGUGCAUUAAAGUACAACACGAAGGCCCCUAUGACCUCCCCUCAGUCUCAACGCCCACGAAGAAGAAAAUGUCCAUUAUGUGGUAACACCGUACAGGAUGACAGAAGUAAAACGUGUCCGCUUGGUCACGAGAUAGGGUCGUAUGAACGGACAAGUCCAAUACCAAACCAGCCAAUGCAGGGUGGCGGGUCGACGGGAGAUGAGGAGCCAUCCUCGGAAGGGGAGGAAGAAAUAGACAUGGCCAACUAUUACCUGGAAUGUAAAGACAAACAGGAGGCCACUGAUAUUAUCCAAGCCCUUGGGGACGAGGGAGUAUACCUUGUAAGGCCAGGCGACACCGUCGAACAACGGGUUCUGGUAGUAUUUGCGGACAAUCAAAUGAAGAAGUACAGAAUUAAAUACGAGAACAAAAAAUAUUUCUUGGCGGAGGCCGGUCACCACGACAACUCGAUAGAGAGGCUCGUGCGUUACUACCACACUCACAACCUCCCCACGGUGAACGCGAAGCUGCGCACCCCCUUCCGGUUGCAUCCACGAUAUCCCGAUUUAAACCUAGAGUGAUCUACCUUGACGGAAUUAGAGUGUAACCUGUAUUUUUUCCGGUGAUAAUUCAGUGCUUUGUAAUUAUUGCAAACCUAAUGUUUUGUGUUUAUGUUGUCUGGCACACAAAUGACACAAUACGAUCAUCUAGUAUGUUUUCUCUUGAGUCUGCGUCUCUAUUAUCUCCCUUUGUUAAAGUAAAAGUUAAAAAAAAGAAAUUGCUUUUUAAGCUAACGUCUGAAUUAUAAUGUAAUACCACAAAUUGAAUAUUUUCGGAGUCAUUAGUAAACAUGUCAUUUUGGCAUAACUAUUGUGAGUUUAUUUUGGCGUUACUGGAUGAACAAAUAUAUUUCGAUUACGAAAAUGUGGAUCUUUCCCAAAUGAAACCGACUGUGGUAACCAGAAUUCGGCGAUUGAGAUCCGUGCUAAUGAUGCCAAUGGACAAAUCAUGAAGCAUAGAAGAUACCUUUCUCUCGGAAAAGUUCCAUUUUGCGUGACGAAGAUAUGGUUUUCAAAUUUAAGUGAAUGUCCAUUUCAACUUGAGUGGGAACUUAAUGGAAAUCGUCAUUCGGAAGUUUACAAACAUAAACCAAACAAAACGCAAAACGAGAUCUGAAAGUGUUCAGAGAUCCGAAGCAACUAUUAUGUUUUCGUUGACUCAGCGUCAUGCCAUGUCAGCAUAUUGGGAAACAAAUGAUGAAUAGUGAACUUUUUUUGAAUGUUAUUGAUUUUUAGGCAAACAUUGUCUUUUGCUCUUGAAACCCUGAUUGAUUUGAUUCAGAAACUAUUAUUUGUAUUUGUUUUUUCAUGAACAACUUUUCAACGGACCUAUUUACAUUCUCAGAUAUUGAAAUAUGCUGGUGUACUUUACGUUCAUGACACAACACGAUAUGUGGUAUACUGGUAUAAUCAUUGACAUACGUCCGUCUGUCUGUCCGCAUGUCUGUCUGUCUGUCCUUAGACAAAAGUUGAGAAUUUCCUCGAAACGUUUCAGCGUACAACACUUGCUUCGAUAAUCCCUUAUGAUAGGAUGUUGUGCAUGUGCGAUCUCUAUCGUCCUACAUAAACCAAAACUAAAGUUGUCCCCAUUUGUCAACUUCGAAUUCAUGUAAUAUUAUUAGUUCUACAUACUUUUCUCUGAAAUCAUAAGGCAUAAAUGUUUAAUAUUUGCUAUUUAAAAGUGUAUUGUGGUUCUUUACAAACUUUGUUAAAAAAAUUCAAAACUAGCCACGCCAUGGAUUCAAUUUUAUUUAUAGUUACAACUUGCUACAUAUUACUACACGAGGCCCCGGGGGUAUUCGUCACAAUUAUGACAUAUUAUAGUUUGUACUUAUAUUGACCGUGAUAUUGUUAUGUUGUUCAAUUAAACAAUUUGUUUCAUGAACUAACUGAUCUAAACAAUUAAUGUUGCUUAUCUCGAAAGUGCUAGUUUGUAGUGUGGUGGUAGAAAGGAUGUACUAGUAUACAGGGUGCAGAAUAAACGGUGUUUUCUGGCGUUUACACACGGGCUGGAUAGAAUGUUAAGAACUUAAUUUUUGCAACCAUCUCAAGUAAUUGAAAUCCAUUUGCAAAAUUCUAUAGUGCAUAAUAGACAGUUUUUCUUCCAGUUUGUACCGAUAUCUUAAGGUAUAAGAAUAAAUCCUUUAAUACGUCUAAAAUCGGUGAAAAAAACUUCACGUUGCGUGCAAUGAAUGCAGUAAAAAUGGAACUUUUGAACAAGAGCACAUGCUUACUAAAUAAAGUAAUUCUGAUGUAUUUUAUAUUGCCAUAAGCAGCAUAAAAAUCUGUCUUUUAUGCACUAGUUGAAAUUCUUAAGAAAACUUGUUUAAACAAAGUUAUUUGAAAUAAAGCACAACUUACCGUCGUGUUUUAAAUCCAUUAAAUUUAAAAGGUGGAACCCCAAAAAGUCACGUGAUCUUGCACCUUGCAUACACAAUGUGAACAUUCAACUGCACCAGCAGGUGGGAAACCUUAUUGUUCCAUACACUCUUUUAAAUGCUUUCCUUCUUUUUAAGUUUGAUUAAUACUAUUUUGUCAUAAAUUUAUAAUAAAGUCAUCUACAUAUAAAACAUAAUGCAUGUUUGAGUUUAAGUACCGGUAUUAUUAUUGGCCUUAGAUCUGUAUCACGGUGUAUAUGCAUAUCGGUGGCCUCUCUGUCAAAAUGCUGCCUCUCUGUUCAUUCUCGGCUGCCUCUCUGUUAUAUACAAGAAAACGGAUGAUCGACAUUCACAAAACAUG